CGUUAUCUGACAGCACAUGUUGUGAUAAUGGCGGCGCCACCGGAGCGCCACAAGCGGUUUAUCUGCUCGUUCAGCGGCUGCUCGGCCGCCUACAACAGGCAGUGGAAGCUGGACGCUCACUUGUGUAAGCACACCGGCGUGAAGCCGUUCGCGUGCCCGCAGCCCGGCUGCGGGAGCUCCUUCUGCAGCCGCUACCACCUGGAGAGGCACGAGCUCACCCACAACAGCGUCAAGCCGUUCCCGUGCACGGUGGACGGGUGCGGGCAGGCCUUCACCACCAACGGAAACAGAGACAGGCACGUGAGUUCUGUGCACGAGCAGGGCAACAGGACGUACGCGUGUAAGUUUGAAGGCUGCGGACAGGAGUUCCGGAAGAACAAGCAGCUGAAGGCCCACAUGUGCGAGCAGCACACCCAGCAGCCCCCCUACAAGUGCUCUCACGAGGGCUGCCACAUGCGCUUCACCGUCCCCAGCAAGCUCAAACGCCACGAGAAGGUGCACAGGGGCUACCCGUGCACGGAGCAGGGCUGCGACUUCACGGGGAAGACCUGGACCGAGCUGCUGAAGCACAGGAGGGACGCUCACCGGCCCGUGUUCAAGUGUGACAAGUGCAACAAGGAGUUCAGGGACACGUGGUUCCUGAAACAGCACGAGCGGGUCCACUCCGACUUCCGGGUGGUGCUCAAGUGCCCCUGGGAGGACUGCGACCGCUCCUUCACCACCGCCUUCAACCUGCAGAGCCACAUCAGCUCCUUCCACGAGGAGCUCAGACCCUACGCCUGCCCCCACGAAGGCUGCGGGAGGACCUUCGCCAUGAAGCGCAGCAUGCAGCGCCACAGCAUCGUCCACGAUCCCGAGAGGAAGAAGCUGACCAAGCCGAGGCCCCAGAGGCCCAAGAGGUCGCUGGCCUCCAGGCUGAGCGGCUUCGACGUUAAGACGGCGGUCUCCAAGAAACCCAAGAAGGCAGACCCGCCCAGUCCCGUGGAGCUGGCGUCCCUCCUGCACGACACGGCGCUGCUGUGCAGCCCGGCCGUGGACACUCAGGGACUGGCCGACGCACUGACCGCUCCUCUGACAGUGUAGGGAUUCAAACCAGCACUCAUCAGCUGGGAAUGUGGAAAGCCAUGACACGGCAGAGGAAGUGGGGACUGUGAUUUGCACUCUGUACAAAAUGUAUGUGUUGGGGAUGUUCUUGUUCACUAUUUUUGUUUGUAUGUAAAAAGUUUGUUCUUAACAUUGGAGUAACUUGGGGGGGG